AUGGGUGCACUUGGGGUAAGUCGGCCUUCAGAUUCCCUCGUGUGGCCCUACGCGGGAAAGCCUGCGGCCGCCAUCGCCAUGGGCGGCACGUCCCGCCGAGUCUCGUCGCCCGGGCCGGCCCGGCCCGGCGGCGCCCCGCACAAUGGGCCCUGUGAUGCAAUGGCCGCGCGGUCAAUGCCGCUGCCGCCUCGCGGCCCGCGCGUGCUCGCCGUGGCCGUCGCCGUCGCCUGCCUGGCCGUGGCUCGCGCGGCUCCCGAAGCCCGCCGCUACCGCGCGCCCGCCCCCGCGCGCAACUCGGCCCCGCCCCUCCACCCGCCGGCCGACGACUACGGCGCGCCCAGCACCGACUACGGCGCGCCCAACGCGCCCCAGCUCCGACUACGGCGCGCCCUACCCCGCCCUCCGGUGGUGGAGGCCCUCGGGCCGACAGUUCCAGCUGCCCAGCGCCAGUCGUCCUACUACGCGCGCCCGCCGACG